GCCAGCCCCUAACGGGGGGUGAGGAGAGGGACGGACCCGGGCUCCGCCCCGAGCAUGCUCUGCCCUUUCCGCUUACGGCGAGCACAAAAUGGCGGCGGCCGGCGGUGGGGUCCCUUAACGACGCGGGGAGAAGGCAGAUAAGUGUUUGACCACAGCACGUGUCCAAGUAUGCAGUCUGCUAACAUGCUUCUGAAAAAGCUUGCAAGAUGUUCUGUCUUUCCGUUUGCUGCACAACAUGGGAUGAAAAAGGAUUUGUUUUCACUCAGUAGAACUCUGAUUUUAUCACAUUGCCUGAAGGAGGAUAGUUCACGCAGUCCAUCAGAAAAACUAGAUUUAGAUGCAUGGAAGGAAGUAAUGAAAUCUAGGUUGCAAGAAGUCAGCGCGACAGCCUCAGAGCCUAAGGAAACUUCCACUUUGGCUGCUGCACGUGAGAUUCUGGAGAUGUGGAGGCUAGCUGGUAGAUUGGUUCCAGAAAAUGUCACUGAAGAACAGCUGAAAACAUUUAUAGAAUGUCCUUCCAAGUCAGCCAAAAAGAAGUACUUAAAAUUUUUGUAUCUUAAAGAACUUCACAAGAAAAAUGACAAAAGAAAGACAGAUGAGAGAAGGGAAAGGAGGCUAGAAAUGCAGGAGAGCGCUUCAAAAACUGAAGAGCCCAAGAGGAAUCAAUUUUUAUGUUUGUGGGCCAACUCUAUGGAUAAAAUAUACAAUUGGAGGGUAGCUCAGUCAAUGAUCUUUGGCCAACCUCUAGUAUUUGACAUGUCUUAUGAAAAGGAUAUGUCAGACAGAGAAGUAGCAAAUACAGUGAGACAGUUGGUAUUGAGUGAAAGUUGCAAUCGAAGAUCCAUGGAUCCAUUCCACAUUCACUUCUGUAACUUCAAAGAUGACAGCCUGUAUCACAAGGAAUUUAUCAAACAUUAUAGAGAAGCGUGGGGCAAACUGCUUAUAACUGUGACAGACCAGUGCUAUACAGAUAUCUUUCCGAAGAAUAAGCUCAUCUAUCUGACUGCUGAUUCUCCCAAAGUCAUGAAAACUUUCGAUCAUGACAAAAUUUACAUUGUCGGGUCUAUGGUUGACAAGAGUAUAAAAACAGGAGUCUCUUUAGCACAAGCAAAACGUCUGGGGCUGGAGACUGCGGCCCUUCCGCUGGAGAAAUACUUGCUUUGGAGUAGCGGUGCCAAAAAUCUCACACUGGAUCAGAUGAUGCAUAUUUUGUUAACCCUGAAAGAUACUGGAGACUGGAAGAAGGCUCUGGAAUUUGUUCCCAAGAGGAAAUACUCUGGCUUUGUGAACACGCCUGUGCGUGAAUUGAAAACAGCCUUAAACCUGAUCAAUGCUCUUAAACUUCGGAAGAGGCAGGAUGAAUUAAGAAAGCAAUUUGCGAAGAACUACUCCAAGAAGCUAACACAAAAGUAGAAUGAUGAGGAAAAAAAUGAUGUUUGUGGGCAAACCGUACCCUCGAACGCUCCAGUUUCUGUGGACUUGCAGAACUCUAUUUGAGUAUUUGUCACUAAAAAUGCCUUUGUUAGUGCAACUGAAAGGACCCUUGUGAGGGUCGGGUUUGUAAAUGGACCGUGGCAUGGAGCAAUUGAUUUGUGCAUUGUUGGAGUUAUGUGAGAGGAAGGAGAUAAAAAUUCACUGUUAAAAGAA